GUCAUCAACCAUUAUUUCUGAAAUUUUAAAAGUUCUUAAUAUUAACAUUGUUAUUGACACUAGACUAAAUAUUAAUUCCUUAAUAUUAUUUGAAUACAAAUCGUUAUAUCAAAUUACCGGCAUUCUAUUUACCUAAUUUCGUACGGUAAUUCAUGUAUCCGUUUUGCUCUGUACUGUUGUAUUUCUUUAUUGUAAGAUUGUGCCUAUUUUCUUACACAAAUAUGUGAAAAGAUUAGAACAAUAAAUGCUCAACUUUCUUACAACUUUAUAAAUAAGAAUAAAAGAGUGCACGAAUUUGGGGAAUAGUCAAUCGCAGUCUAUUAUAUGGAGAAACAAGCGCAACUAGUUCGGAAGUUUCAACAAUUUUCAGGGAGCAUAGAAGCAAAUGAAGAAAAUGGCAAGAUGCAGUAAUCAAAGGGAAGAAGUGAUCUUGAGCUACUAUGAUUACUUAAUACGGCAGAGAGAUGUGGACCUUUUGCAAGGGCCACGUUGGCUUAACGAUACCAUUCUGGGAUUUUACUUUGAGUAUCUUAACAGAACUUCAUCAUCGAAGGAUAUAUUUUUUAUCAGCCCUGAAUUAACCCAAUUACUUAAGAUGACUGGACCCGAGGAUUACAGUGCCUUCUUAGAUCCACUUGACAUCAGUCAAUGCAAAAUUUUAUGUUUUGCUUUGAACGACUGUUCCAGCAAAGAUAGUGUUGGUGGUUCUCAUUGGAGUCUAUUGGUCUUUUCUCGUCGAGAAGAAAAGUGUUUCCAUUUCGAUUCAUCUAAGGGAAUGAACCAAAGAAUUGCUCGGUUGUUUUCCAAAAAGAUCAUACGUUACAGUCUCGACAAAGAAGCAGACAAUUAUGUGGAAAGCGACUGUCCACAACAAGAUAAUGGCUACGAUUGUGGAUUAUUUGUUCUGUGCUUUGCAGAUCUUAUUUCCAAAUCGCAUUCGGUAAAUCACUUGGACUAUACAGAAUUCAAGGAUUCAGUAAAAACAAAACGAAGCAAGCUUUUCGAUUUAAUAAAUUCACUGAGACAUAAGGAGCUUGGAUAAAUGAAAUUUGUGGCACAUUUAAUGCAUGGUAUGUUUAAUUAAUAUAAAAUUCGGAUGUAUAUCGUUACAAUAAAUUCAGUUUAAGAUGAA